AUGGCGACGUCAUCCUCAAAUGGCCACUGGGCAACAGAACAAGACUGGUCAGCCAAGAAGGAUCUAAUCAGGCAUCUCUAUUUUGAGUUGCAAAAGCCUCUCAAAGAAGUCGCGCAUGUGCUAAAAGAUCAGCAUGACUUCCACGCGACUACCAAAAUGUACAAGUCCCGGUUGAAGGAAUGGGGAUUUCGAAAAAAUAUGACCGCGAGUGAAUCAAUGAAGAUUCAGCGUCAGAUGUAUACCGGGAAGGCAAAUUUGCCAGUUGUUGGCGGACGACCAUUGGGUUCCAAGAGACUGAGAGCUCAAGUACAGAUGCAGGAGCGAGCCUUAGGUAUGGCGAAGGGCAAAUGUGCCCGGGCGGAUGGUCCAAGAUACAUCAGACCCCCGGACAGCAUACAUCUCCCGGAGGGUGCACUAUACGAAACCUUAAGGUGGUCGCAGGUCGGCUUGGAGCAGCAAUGGUGGGACUUCUCGUCGCUGCACGCUACGGUCAAUGCGACUACCGACUGGGGAGUUCAGCUCAGAGAAGCCGCCAUGCAAAUCAGUAUGAAACAGAACCACGCUCUCGGUUUUCAACUCCUGAACGAGUGCUGCGCGGAGUUUCGGUCGGUCCUACAGCAACAACAGUAUGUGCUGAUAUGGGCAAUUUUCGUCGUCUUCGUUGAGAUGGACCCUGCUAACGAACAAGCGGCAUUAUCCCUCGCCAAGUUUCUAGCGGAUAUGUGCUAUAUCGAGCUGGGUUCGGGACACUCGCUUACCAAGCUGUGCCGCACCAUUCAGUCAAUGGGAGUCAGUCUAGCCAAGGCAUCGGCAACGUCCAUACUACUGUCACAGCUCGAUAUGUUCCGACAAUGUAGUGGUCCCGGAAACGCCGUUAUUGCUCUAAAGAGACUACUAAUACUACAGUGGCUACAUGGCCAUGGCCUGGUUUCUCUUCAGUUCUGUAUAACGGAAUCCGCGGCCGCUUUUCUCGAGUUGAAGAAAAGUUCAAGUCUUCAUGAGAAAGACAAAAAAAUCCCGUUCGCCUGGGCAGGAUUAUCUAUCGCAGAAUGGCUGAAAGGGAAGCAACAAUAUUCGGUGGCUGAAGUGGUCGUACACGAUAUCAGACAAUGGCAUGAAGUACAUGGACUGGAGCUCAACGUCGAUGAUAUAGCCACACCUCCUUAUAUUACAAGCACAUGA